UGGGGACAUGCAGCGUACUCUCAGCUUUCCAGUGUUAAAACUAACACUGGGAUAGGCAUUCUUGUCCUUGAGUUUUUGGGCCAAUCUCUGCUAUUUUCCUUAAAAUAAAUCGCUAGCAGUGAAUGAUUUGGUGGGAGGGCGGGUGCAUUUUGCAGCGGGUGGCAGACACUGCCAGGUUGUCUCAGCCAGGGCAUUUGCCCCGUCUGCUGCACAUGAGGGGUGGUCCCUUUUCACCACACAGUCCAUGCAGAGGAUGUUGGGCCUCGUAGGCAGACAGUGUCUCGGUAUCGUUUUGGUUGCGUCCCCUUGGUUUUCACCAAGCUCCCUUUAAAGUUUCGUCUCACGCGGGGUGACACCACGGCAACUCUUGUCCCAUAGUCAGUCUGCUCUUCUGUGUGCGUCCUGCAGGAAUACCUCAACAGCAUUCUUCAGCACGCCAAGGAUUUCAAAGAAUAUCACAGGUCGGUCACAGGCAAAAUCCAGAAACUCACGAAGGCGGUGGCCACAUACCAUGCCAACACUGAGCGGGAACAGAAGAAGGAGAAUGAAAGAAUCGAGAAGGAGAGAAUGCGGAGGCUCAUGGCCGAGGACGAGGAAGGGUACCGCAAGCUCAUUGACCAGAAGAAGGACAAGCGCCUGGCCUACCUCCUGCAGCAGACGGACGAGUACGUGGCUAACCUCACGGAGCUGGUGCGGCAGCACAAGGCCGCCCAGGUCGCCAAGGAGAAGAAGAAGAAGAAGAAGAAGAAGGCAGAAAACGCUGAAGGACAGACACCUGCGAUCGGACCCGAUGGCGAGAGCCCUCGAGCCACAACUGCUGAGGCUACAUGCCACAACUGCUGAAGUCCGUGCACCUAGAGCCCAUGCUCCACAACAAGAGAAGCCACUACAGUGAGAAGCCCGCACACCGCAACGAAGUAGCCCCUGCUCCCCGCAACUAGAGAAGGCAUGCAUGCGGCGAUGAAGACCCAACGCAGCCUAAAAUAAAUAAAUAAAAUAAAUAAAUUUACUAAAAAAUAAAAAGAAACCUCCUAGCUAGAGGUCAGUGCUUGUCUGAAGUUGAAAGUACAUGCUCCAGAUACUGCAUUCAGAAGAUUAGUUCUCCUCUUGUGCCCCCAUUAGUGAGAGUCCCCCCAACCCUUGUUGGUUUUAUUUAUUUACUCUUCAUUUCUUUAUUUAGUACGUGAAAUACUAGCCUGGUUCCAAAAGUCAGAACCGUGCAGUGAGGCCCACUCAGAGAGGGGUUGCUGUCCCCACACAUGCGUCUUUUCUGUGGCACUAACACACUAGUGUGAAAGAAGGCUGCAUAGUGAGGUGUAAAUGCAAGGUGUGGCCUUUACCACCUCCUCCAACCCCUCCUCAGUCCCCCUCCCCAGAGAGAAACCUGAGCAACCUUCGGUGUGUUUGCUCUGGGACCUUUUCCGUACCUGUGUCUCCAGGUGGUUUUCUUUUCCCCGCCUGGUAGUGUAUCUUAGUCUUUCCAAGUUAGCUCAUGUGCACUUACCUGACUCUUUCUAAUGCCACCGUAUUAGAGAGGUGGCUAGUGCUUGCUUCUCUGACUUAUAAAUGUAAUACUUCUAGGAAAAAAAUGAUAAUGAUAACAAACGUAAAUGUAAUGAUAACAUGAAAAGGCACCCCAUGGUGCCUGUUCUCUCACAAGCAUGCAUGUUGAUCCCUGGUUGAUGUCUCUCUAUCUUUCCAGAAACCUUUGUGCUUAUAUUCUCUUUGUUUUGUUUUGGGACCAUUUGGGUCAGUCGACACAUAGCAAGACUUUUCCUGCUUAGCAGGUAUCUUGGACCACUUUCCAUAUCAAGCCAUUAGUUCUUUCAUUUUAUUGUAUUGAUGUACUAGGAUCUCUUUCAUCGUUCAGAUUGAUAGCUAUCUAAGUUGCUUCCCAUUUGUAGCUGUUAGAUCCUGCACUGAGCAGCUCUGAUGGACCACCAUAUAUCCCCUCCCCUAUGGGUGGCUAUUUCCAUUGUUUCCUUUCUUUCUAUCCCA